AUGGCUUCAGAUGACCAUUUCCUCCGUUUUAUAGUCCAAGAAGGUGAUCAAUGUGAACAACAUGCAAGAAAUGAAAGCCCAAGUGAUUCCUCUAGCAGAAUCUGUAAGGGAACCCAAAGCAACAGUAUGAAUAAAGUUAAUAAUUGUAACAAAUGUACCAGUCAUUAUGGAAGUGGAUGUUUUCAGCUUGACCAUUCCAAUGACUUUCAUGCUACUGCUUCCAGAAGAGCUAGCAGCAAUAGCAGCAGUUGUUCAGAACAGAAUAACUGUGAAAGUUCUCAGUUGUACUGUGAAGACUUUCACACAAAUUCUUGUGAAAGCAGGAGCAGCAUCAGCAGCAGCAGAAGUAGCAGUAGUCAUUUAGAUCAACCAGAAACCAAAAAGGAGGAAUUACCAAAGAAGAAAAUGGGAAAUAGUCCCUGUAAAGGAGGAAAGAAGCUAGUUAUGAAGAAACAACAGCAAAAGACUUCUUUUGCCUAUGACACAGUUAGAAAUAUCCAGAAGAAGAGUAAUAUGGCUCACCAUAUAUUGUCAGCCAGACUUCAUAAAAUUAAGGACCUUAAAAAUGAACUUUGUGUUUUGAAGAGUAAGUUGGAAGCAUACAGUAUGGAAAACCAGUUUUUACAUUUAAAAGCAGCAGUAAAAUAUGAAAUUGCAGAGGCUAACCUUUCCAAUCUGUUGAAAAAACACUGUCAAGAAGUGAGGACUCUAAGAGCUCUCAGGAGGUCUCAGGAGCAGGAACGCAUUGCAUCUAGGAGGCUUAGAGAAGUGGAAGUACAACUGCUGAAGACAAAAGAUACUUUCCACGUACUGCAAAAACUUUGUGAAGACAAGAAUCUUGCUGAGAGAAGGGAACUGCAGUGCAGAGUAACAGCCCUUACUGAAAGAAUGGAAGCCAGUGAUAAGAGAAUCCAGGGUCUAGAAAAGCAGCUGCUGCUGAAUAAUACUUCCUUUAGUCUUCAGUUAGCUGCUGAGAAGAAAAAGACAGUAGAAGCUCAGAUGAUCACCACGAAUCUUCAAAUGGAAAUUAAGUUGCUCAAUCAAAAAAUUCAGGAAAAGGAACGAGAACUUGGCUUAAGAAAUAUUUAUGCAAGCCGGCUACUUAAAAAUCAACAAGACAAAUGUGACCUUGAGUCUCCCCCAAAAGAUGUUAAUAUAUGCAAAGCAGUACAAGCAGAUAAGACUUUUAAAGUGGAAACAAUGACUCCACUUCAAAAGCAUGAGGUCGAGAAAAGUACAGUUUUAAAAGAGGAGAAGACAACACAAGAUUCAAAAGAAAAGCUAUGUGGUAUGCAUGAACAGAAUGAACUAAAAUCAGAAGUUCAUCAAACUGAAAAACUGCCAAAACAAGAAGUUUCAAAUAUAACAUGCAAAGAACAAUUAAGAGAAGAAAUAUGUCCAAAGGAAGAAAAACAUUUCAAAUGUGAAUACAUAGAAAGACAAAAAACCAGGGUUGUCAUGCAAGUGUUAAAAGUUGACAGUUUCAACGAUGAACUUGAUAAAUUAAUGGGAGAAGAAUCAUUUCAUCCUACUCAGGAUGUCCUGAAAAAUAAAAAUAAUCUGGAAGCUCUGGCGGAAAAGCAAAACAAUGAGGAACAUGAGGAAGGUGAGAAAGCAGCAAAAGUAACAAACCAUGGUAAGCUGGCAGCCCAAAGACAUAAAACAUCAUCUAAAUUUAAAAAACAGUAUAUGUUUUCAGAAGUCACUGAAAAUUUGCACCAGGGGCUCCCAUCAUCAGGUCCCAAUAUAAGCACUUUUUGCAAUUGUAGACAGGUGAAUAGGCACCAGAGUGAAAUAAAGAGUGUAAAUUCAGUUAGUACCUAUGAACCUGCAUUUGGUAAUGCCAUCAAAACAAGGCAGGAUACUUCUUCAACACAUAACGAAGGCCAAAUCCCUAAUACGUCAAUGGAAAAGAAGAAUACUCUCAUGGAAGAACUCUUUGGUCCAAGCUGCAUCUUAAAAAACAGUCAUCAAAACUUGAACAAACUGAGCAAACAAAAAACUCUGCAAAGUGAAAGGAUGUAUAAAAUCUCUUCUUACCUUGAUGAAGGAUUGCACUGUGGCGAUUCCAAACAAACCCACAUAAAGGUUUUCCAUGCAUCUGCCACUUUGGAAGACCCUAGAUAA